CUUUUUCUCUCCCCGCGUUUUUUCCAUUUUCACUCACUUUUUCAGUAGAAAUUUGCAGGAGGGAGAGAAAAAAAGAUCGUGACCCUCUCUCUCUGUUUCUAUGUGGUGUGGUUGACAGCUAUCUAGGGUUUUCUUCUUCUCUCACAGGUCGUUGAAAAAACCCCAAAACUAACCAAUUAUUUUCCCCUUCAAGGAAUCAAAUUUGAAGUUGUUCAAUCAACUCCAGAUUAUCAAUCAACAUAUUUUGAUUUUGAAGAAAUUAAUGUCUGGGUUUUGAUUCUCGACAAGAUCAUUACCCCAAGGAGCUUAAUUUUGUCAUUUACUACUCAUUUCAAGAUCUGAAGAAAGGGUUCUAAAAGAGAAAAUGUGGUUGUUGUUCAAGUAUAAUAGAUAGAUUAGAAUGAGCAAAUCAUCGGAAGUUAUUACUACAACAGAUAUGAGAUCUCCUUUAGUUCCUCUUGCUACUUUGAUAGGACGUGAAUUGAGAGGUGAUAAAGUUGGUAAACCUUCAAUUAGAUGUGGACAGGCUGGUUUGGCUAAGAAAGGUGAAGAUUAUUUUUUGAUUAAACCAGAUUGUCAAAGGAUCCCUGGGAACCCAUCCACUUCUUUUUCCGUCUAUGCGAUCUUUGAUGGGCAUAAUGGAAUAUCUGCUGCUAUAUUUGUGAAAGAAAAUUUGUUAAACCACGUUAUGAGUGCCAUACCUCAAGAAUUGGGUAGGGAAGAGUGGCUUAAAGCACUUCCUCGGGCACUAGUUGCUGGUUUUGUCAAGUCUGAUAUGGAAUUUCAGAGGAAAGGAGAAACUUCUGGAACAACGGUUACUUUUGUUGUGAUUGAUGGAUGGACUGUGACAGCCGCAUGUGUUGGGGAUUCUAGAUGUGUAUUGGAUACACAAGGGGGCGUGGUUUCCGAUUUGACUGUUGAUCAUCGAUUAGAAGAGAAUGUUGAAGAGAGGGAGCGCGUUACAGCCAGUGGGGGUGAAGUUGGUAGGCUUAAUGUGUUUGGAGGUACUGAGGUUGGACCACUCCGUUGCUGGCCUGGUGGAUUAUGCCUUUCAAGGUCGAUUGGUGAUAUGGACGUGGGAGAAUAUAUUGUCCCAAUACCGCAUGUUAAGCAAGUGAAGCUAUCAAAAGCUGGAGGACGAUUAAUAAUUGCAUCAGAUGGUAUCUGGGAUGCUUUGUCGUCUGAGAUGGCUGCACAAUCUUGCCGGGGUUUACCUGCAGAGCUUGCCGCAAAGAUGGUUGUGAAGGAAGCUCUGAGGUCAAGGGGACUGAAAGAUGACACCACAUGCCUAGUUGUUGACAUCAUUCCUCCUCCUGAAAAUUCUGUUGCACCCCCAGAACCUAAAAAGAAACCAAAUGUGCUUAGUUCCAUUAUAUUUGGGAAGAAAUCUCAGAAUUCCAUCAAUAAACCGACGAAUAAGCUCUCUGCUGUUGGAGUUGUUGAGGAGCUUUUUGAGGAGGGUUCUGCAAUGCUUUCAGAAAGGUUGGGUAAGGAUUUCCCCUGGAAGUCAAACUCUGGCUUACUAAGGUGUGCGGUGUGUCAAGUGGAUCAAACCCCUAGUGAGGGUAUAACUGUGAAUUCUGGACCAUUCUUUUCAGCCGCAUCUAGCCCUUGGGAAGGCCCGUUUCUAUGCACAAACUGCCGGAAGAAAAAGGAUGCCAUGGAAGGGAAACGACCAAGUCAAUCUACUGCUGUGAUGACCACUUAGCAAAAUUUCUGAUAAACAAUAUAUUCAUUUCAUCUAUUUUUUCCCUCCGGCAGUGUGAGCGAGUUUGUUUUCAUUUCCGGGUGCUAAUUGAUGCGUGUAAGAAGAAAAGAAAGAGGUUGUGUUGAUAGACUAGUUUUUUCCUUCUUCUUUUUGGUGGGGGAGUCUGUGAAGUUUGCUUUAGGCCCGUUUCGGUGUUCUACCUAUCAAAGAAAGAAGAAAAGAGACCAAAUACUCUGUCUCUAAUGUAUUUGUUGAUCUUUGGAUUGCUAACCGCUUGAAUUUGUAAGUAACAUUAAUGACACAUUGACGAUAUCCUUAGUGUAGAAUACCUCUUUUUCUUGGUUUGUUGUUCGUCCCAACCUAUUGUGGCCAAGGUAAGUUGUCAUUUUGGAAAUUGUUUUUGAUUGUACCAUCAUCUGGGGCGUACAAUAAAAUUCAGGGGCAUACAGACUUAUUAUGCCAUUCAAAGAUUCAUGAUAUAGAUUCAUGAUAUGAUUCA